CCUUGAGUGGUCUCUUCAUGAGCUACAAAUCACCUCAUAAUUUGUGGUAACCCCACUCUCCCAACCCUCUCUUUUCUACAUCAACAUUAAUAACUAUGAGUUUGGCAGCUUUCUAUUUUGUAUUUUUAGUAAGUGGACCACUUUUUUUCUCACUAACUAUAGCUAUCCUUCCAUACUUGCUUUGCUUCCAAUAAGGAGGCACGUAUUUAACUUGUACACUACUUUCUUUUUCAACAAUCUUGAAAAAGUUGUUGAAUUUUCUUUACAGCUGCAAAAUAUGGUAGUUUAUUUGUGAAUGUUGUUCACGGGUUUUGUGGAUUAUAUGGAUCGGAGUUGAAAAAAAAAUUCAAAUUUGAAAAAUAAAAAUAAAAAUGGAGUCUUGGAGCUAUGUCUCUGGGGGUAAGGGUUUUGUGUCUGAGGAAUCUGUUUCUGUUGAUGAUGGAAUAACCCCAUGCAGCUGGAGUCAACAAGGAGUAAAAGUGGGUUCUCAAAUUAGAGAUGCUUUUGGUGGGGAAGAUGAGUCUAGUUCCAAGCACUCAAGUUCAUCAUUUAUUGAUUUGAAGCUCGGUAGAGGAAGAUUUCUGGAUGUGAAGAAUUUCAGUUUGUCUUCAACUAAGAGAAAUAGAGCUGGUGGUUUGACCUCAUUUUGCCAAGUUCAAGGUUGUGGAAAGGAUUUAACUUCCUGCAAGGACUACCACAAGAGGCAUAAAGUAUGUGAGAUUCACUCAAAGACUGCUAAGGUCAUUGUAAAUGGCAUUGAACAGAGGUUUUGUCAGCAAUGUAGCAGGUUCCAUUUGCUAGCUGAAUUUGAUGAUGGAAAACGCAGCUGCCGCAAACGUCUUGCUGGUCAUAAUGAGCGGAGAAGGAAGCCUCACACUGGUCUGCACUCUGGCAGAGCAGGAAAGCACUUCCAACCAUAUUCUGGUACGAGGUUUCAAGGUAGCUCCUUUGUGACAUCCUCCUUCAUUUGCCAGGAUAUACUUGGCGGCAGUCUUCUUCAUCAACCAAAACAUGAUAUGCAUGACUGGUAUAAGAAUGUAAAGGUCGAACAUUGUUCUGAUUACAGUCCUGAACUCACCAUGCCUUUAACAAAUAAACACUCGCAACCUAGACCCCUUUUCACUUCAUACCAUACUGACAAACACUGUCCAGCUCUCCAUGAUGAAGGAACAACAACUAUAACUAGAAGCAAAAAUAAUGAAAGUAGCAACUCAUAUCUGAAUGACAUUGGAGGCUCAGAUUUUGUUUCCCGCUCUCUGUUCCACAGCACCUCAAUAGGGAGCGAAGUCUUGAAUGUUAUGGACUCGGACUAUCCUUUUCAAGGGAUAUCAAACUCUGGCUGUGCUCUCUCUCUUCUGUCAUCUCAAUCACAGGACUCGUCAAAUUAUUCAUCUGUAGUUCCUCCUAGUGCUCACCACCUUAUUACACCUCGCAGUUACAACCAUUACAACAUGACACAGACAUCUGAAUGUUUCCCAGGAGCUAGCCCAAAGGGUUCAACAAGUACAGUGUCCACUAUUUAUAAUUUAUCUGAAGUAAUUUCUGCAGAGGGUCAAUUGGAACACGUACUAAGAAACAAUUGUGGAAGUCUUCAAGGAUCAGAUUAUGUGAACACCAAGAAUCUACUUUCUUGUGAAGAUGGUACCACUAUUGAUUUGCUUCAGUUGUCGUCGCAGCUUCAUCAAGUGGAGCAUCAAAGACAUUCCAUGAAAUGAAGUAGGAUGGCGACACUUUUUCCAGCCUCGGAAUCACUUGAGCAGGUAUAUCAAUGAUAGUAAUACAACAUCAAACGUUUCAGAAAAUUCUCUCUGGUUCCGGGGCUUCGGAGUUUGCUCAUGUGUGAGAUAAAUUAAAAAUAGAUUUACCACCUGUUGCCAGUAGUUGCAUUAUAUGGGCAUGCCACAAACCUCUAUUUAACACCUUGAAGGUCUGGAUGAAAAGGACUUGUUUAGGCUCAGCGAUGAAGUUUCAGGGCUAAUUUUUUCUUGUGAACGUUUAUAUCCUGCUAUUUGUAUUGGACAUCCCAUAUAUAGGCACAUGUUCUUUGUGGCAAGAAGACUUGGUCAUAAGAGUUCAACUACUAUGCAGCUAGGAUUUAAUUUUUAUUGCAAAUUUUUCUUGAUUUA